AUGGAGAUCUCUUCACGAGAAACGCCGAGAGGAAAGAUCAGAGUACAGGAGGAAGGAGCCGAAGCGCCACGCUCCACCACCACAAUGAUCCCCACACCGCGAAGAAGAGGACCUCCACACGGAGCUCGAGACGAACCAAAAAAUCCCUCCGUGAAAACUGAGCAAAACGGAGAGACUGCCAUAAUGAAGAAAGAGAAACAGAGGGAGAUCCUCUCCCGGCGGUGGCGAGGAGCGCCGGCCGCCGGAGAGGAAGGAAGAUCGAGACUUGAAACUCUUUGA